CCGAACGGUGAGAGGAACCGCUGCGUCGUACGCUGAAGCGGCCGCAACCUUCAUCGCUAACGAGCUCUGCGUUGCUGUUAUGAUGGAACCCUUCUCUGACAUGACGCAAGAGCAAGCUGAAGGUAUUCGGCAAGAAAUAGAAGGCAAGCUUCGGGAUGAGCUCAUGGCGGAACCGGAUGCUUCCCUUGAAACUGAACCAAACGAUAUAAGGUUCCGAGGCCGAGCACAUUAUGCGGAUGGCGUCCUCAAAACCUGGUGCGAGGAUGCUUUCACGCUAGCCUGGCUUAAUCGGACCGUUCAAAACAUGGCCUCACCGGUAGCUAAUUCAAAAUUGGUUGUCAGGCCACAAUCAGCUAUCCCAAAGAAAGUACCGUGUCUGCUAUUCGUACCGGGUCAUACUGGCGAUUCAGCUGCACUACGGAAGCUUUUGGCGCGGCAGAACCGCAACUUGAACAUUAACUCCUGGACACUGACACACGAGAGGGCCAGAUCGGAUCCCCCAGGAACCUGUCUGUUCUUCCGGGUGCCGGAAACGGAUGCUAAUCUGUUAAAGGCCCAGGACAGAAGAUUAUAUUACCUCAUGGAGAACAUUUAUAUUCGGUUUCUGGAUAAAGAUGCUUCCCCACAACCCAAUACAAACCCCACGCAACAACCGGAGGAGGCGCGAACCUUGACGCAGAGCGCGGCACCUAAGCCGACAUUGUCGACGAGGGAAGCUGCGACCGUGCCUGGGCACGCGGAACCCCCGAUUGCGAUGGAAGUGCAAAAUCUGCCUUCUCCGAGAUCUAUCUCGGAUGAAGAGUGCUUUCCGGAAGGGGGGGGAGAGAGUGAAACCAGCGAUGGUGUCCUCUACUCCUCCCCUCUCCGGGAAGACUAAAAUCAUACAGAUCAACCUCCAGCACAGUCAAACUGCAACGGCUUCCUUACGCAGAGUGCUGGAAAACAACACACAGACCAUAUCACUGAUCCAAGAGCCGUGGAUCAGGAAAAACAGGAUAUGUGGUCUUGGAAAC